GCUGUGUCCAGAAGAGGGCAGCAUCGUAGUUUUGUUGCAUUUAUUGUCACUGACUCAAAUUAAAUGAAGAAGAAGAUGACGGAAAGAGACACAGGAAUCAACCUGCAACAGAGAGAGCAUGAGUGAACGACAUUGAACUACAAACAUGUCUGCAGGUUGUGUGAGGUGGAUGCUAAGCCGUACAGUGAGAGCUGUGUGUGGCGGCAGCCCUGGCUACUCGACAGCAGCAUCUCGAUUAAGCAUAUGCAGUGAAAGAUCUAACGCCAUUGCUUCCUCCUGGAGAUGGUCUCCAUUCUCCACCGCUGUAGACGACACAGAACAGACUCCUGCACCCAAGAAAAAAAAGCAGGAUCCCCGAACUCAUGGCACAAUCAACACUGUUGGCCGCAAGAUCCCGCAGCGUCAGAUACAGGUGAUAAGUGACACAGGUGAGAACCUGGGCACCAUGCACCGUGCAGAUGUGAUCAGAAUCAUGGACGAGCAGGGUCUCAAAUUGGUGCUGCUCAGUGAACACAAAGAUCCCCCCGUCUACCGGCUGAUGAGUGGCAAACAGAUCCACGAAGAGCAGCUGAAACUGCGAGAGAAACAUAAAGCAAAAGCAGCCCCUGUCCAGGUGAAAGAGCUCACAUUUUCAUCUGGCAUCGCAGCUCAUGACCUCACCACCAAGCUGAAGCAAGUGGAGAGCUGGCUGGAGAAGAAGCACCAUGUUAGAAUUACUCUGCGGUCAGGACGUGGGGCACCUGCAGUCGACCUGGACACAAAUCUGGAGCAGAUAGUGCAACAAAUGGAGGUAAUGGUAGGAUUUGUUUCCAAGCCAAAAGCCAUACGUGACGGUCAAGCAGCCAUGUGCAUCCUCCGACCACCUUCAGCAAAGGAACUGUCACAAAAAGAGAAGAAUAAGACUGCAGAUUUGCAGACUGCCAAAUCCAGCUUGAAAGCCGCUGAGAGCACAACUUCCCCUGUUGGCAACAUGGACACGACAGAGGGCUCUAUACAGCAGUGAUCUGAUGGAAAUAAAACAAUUUCACCAAAGCAAAUUGAAUACAGAUUGGUGUAAAUAUGUUAAUCAGACUCUACUUGUAGUGUAUUAUGUAGGUGUUUAACAGAGUUUGGUAUAAUAUAAAGAUAAAAAAAGGAUGUGCAAGUAGUCCUUUUAAAGGGUCAUUUCAGUAUUUUAAAACCUGGGCUCUAUUUUCACAUAUUUUGGUGUCACUGAAGCUGCAAACUGGCUACAACAUGUUCCUUUGGGGCAAUUUACCUGACAAAAUUAUGUCCAGAAAAAGGUACUUCUUUUUGCCACUGACAGGCUCAGAUUGUUAUAAGCGGUGUCUGACAACAUCAUGGAAAGGAUCCCUACGAGUGACUCCCGUUGAUUUUAACCAGAAACAGAAGUCUGGCUCAAGGACCAUUCUGAAAUCUGGUGAGAGGCGAGUUGUUGCAGGAAGGCACCGGUGGAAACGUGAGUCAGAGACAACCCCUUAAAGUAUCGGCAUAACACUGGUACCAACAUGUUCUUGGUGUGCUGAGUAAAGACCUAAUAUAUCUGUACUAGAAAACAGCCAAUCAUCAGCUAGUUGCCUUAGGCUUUUACUUUCACUGUCACAUAUAGUUACCUAAAGGCUAAAGUAAAGGUCACUAUUCACAGGCUUUAUUUUUAAAUCACCCUUCGCUGCAUCCCUCUCUCCCUCAUUUCCUGUUAUCUGUCCACUGUUUGUAACGAACAAAGGCACAAACAAUAUGCAAAAACACACACAAUCUUGUACUACUCUACUUUACAUUGCACUGUACUGACACGGAGUGUGCUGAAUGAUGUUCCCUCAGUUGGUGUUUGAUGAUGGUGGUGGUGGUGAGCGUCGUCAUAACACUUCGGCCCAAAAUCUCACAUACAUGUCACUCAUAUUUUGUCCUCCUUCCAUCUUGAUCCAAAACUGAGGUCCACUGGGACUUCUUGGCAUUUUAGACGUCACACAGCAUGUGAGGAAUUUUACUGCUUAAUUAUAUCCUGCAGUGCAUCUCUAUGGAAGCAUCUGCAUCAAAGUUUGUCUAAUCAUUUAUUCAGCUUUUUCCUUUAAUUCAUCUGUAACUGUAACCUGUGAUGAAUACACUGCUUUUUUUUCCCUCCACACACACACAUUGAUGAACCCGGCAGUCUACUGUGAACAAAUUGACAGCACAGGAGAUGUGGAUGUUUUUAACACCACCUACCCUUCUUCAGCUCCGUUUGAGAGACUGUUCUCAUCUGCAGGAAUAAUACUCCCAUCUGCACACGAGGCGGCUAACACUAGAAAAGUUUGUUGUUUUUAAAGGCAACUAAUUGUAGUGGGUGGAUCUCUGAAUUGGACAGAGAGCUUUCUACAUACUGUACAAGACUAUUUUCAGUAUUUUUGUUGUUUAUACAGUUUUGCUUACAUACGGUAGCAUUCCACCUCGUGUUCUUCCUUCCAGUAGGGUUGAAAUUUGUGUACACAACCUUGCGUACAUUAGCAAAAUCCACUUUGUACAAAUUUCAGAAUGUCCAAUUGUCGCAAAUGCAUUUUCCUGUAUUAAAUACAUGUAUUUUAUUUUGAUA